UACUACAAUCGAGUUUGUUUACGUUUGUACGGUACACUUCUAGAGCCAAAGAGAAAAACAAAUCUUGCCAAAAAAAAUGUCCACCGAGCUGGAAAUCGAAAUAAGUUCAAUCCCCUUGGCACCCGAUCCAGUGGUCGAGCCACCCCCGGAAAUUGAACGCAUUCCGCUUGCGGACCUCAGCUAUGAACAGUUCUUCGCACGCUAUCUGCUGCCCAACAAGGCCGUCAUCCUGAGCUCCGUCGCCGACAGCUGGGAGUGCUUCCGCCGCUGGAUCAAUCAUGAUUCCAAGGGCCUCAAUGGGGCCUACCUGAGGGAGGCCAUUCCUAACCUCACCGUACCGGUGGCCAAUUGCGGCAAGCAGUACUACAACUCGCACGAGAAGACGGAGAUGAAGUUCCACGAGUUUCUGGACUGUUGGGACUGCCGGGAGGAAUCGACGUCGAAGCUGUACCUUAAGGAUUGGCACUUGCGGGAGAUGCUGCCGGAGUAUGAGUUUUACGAAACACCGUACUGCUUUGCAUCGGAUUGGCUCAACGAGUAUCUGCUGGAUCAUGGGGAGGACGAUUACAUGUUUGUUUAUUUGGGACGCGAGGGGACGUGGACUUCGUUCCACGCGGAUGUGUUCUCGUCGUACAGCUGGUCCACGAAUAUAUUUGGGGUCAAAAAGUGGCUGCUGUUGGCACCGAAGGAAGAACAGAAGCUGAAGGAUUCGUUGGGGAAUUUGCCGUUCAGGAUAAGCGAGGAACUUCUUGAUGAGAAGGAAGUCAAGUAUUACAAUAUACUGCAAAAGGCAGGGGAAGCUAUUUUCGUCCCAAGUGGAUGGUAUCAUCAGGUUCAAAAUGUAGAGGACGCCAUUUCCGUUAAUCAUAACUGGUUCAAUGGAUGUAAUGUGAAGACGAUUUGGCUUAGCCUGAACGAAGCGCUGGAGCAAGUUAUCAAUGAAAUUGAUGAUUGUAAGGAUAUGGAAAACUUCGACGAACAUUGCCAACUUAUGCUUAAGGCUUCUUACGGAAUGGAUCUCAAUGGAUUUAUAAAGAUGUUAAUUUAUAUAUGUAAGAAUCGUGUGAGUGCAUAUCGUGACGAAGCAAAAAUACUUCAUUUUGAGAGGUAUCGUUUGGGUAAAAAUCAUAUCCUGUUUGAUCUCAAAGCAAUACGAAACGUUUUCAUUUCAAUGAUAGAAAUGAGGGAAGAACUGUUGAAAAGCUUAAACUUGUUCGAUGAAUUAAAAAGCUAUGAAAUUUUAAUCGAUAAGCUGUUGACAUGACAACUUUUACAAUCAUUAAUGAUCUAAAACUAGUCAGAAUAAUCAAA